AGCAAAAGCAGGGAAAAAUAGGAAGAAACAGAAAAGGAAAACGUAAAAGAAAGAGAGAAUGAAAAAGGCAAAUCAAUGAAGAAUUAAAGGGAAAACCACAAAGGUUUUGAUUCAAAUUCUCUCAAACGGAAUCAAUAGGAGUUGAUGGUUUCUCCUUUCUUCCCCCUCUACUUAAGCUAGUGUCGGAACACAUCUCAAACUUUCUCUACAAUCACUUGUUUUUGAUUCGAUAAAGGAAAGAGAAAAACGAAAACGAGGAAAUUAAAUAUAAAGUUUUUGAAGCCAUCACUCCACCACCAACAUCAUUAUUAGUUCUUUUGAUAGUUUGUUGGUGAGGGAGAACGGCCAUGAACCGAGGAGUGUUGCAGAGCUCACCACUGCAGCAAAUGACGGCUGGAAACCUUAACUGGUGGAACAUCAACAGUACCAUGCGUCCACCGCCGACAACUCAUCUACAACCACCUUCUCAUUUCUUACCUCCUUCUCCCCCUACUUUAUUCCCUCAAUUCACUCCCACUCCCACUUCUUCUUCUUCCUCCUCUUGGAAUGAUAAUAACCAGGAGCUUCCUCAGUCAUGGAGCCAACUACUCUUUUGUGGACUGAUGGGUGAAGAAGAAAAGGGUGGCAUAGGCCAGUUUCAAGUUCAACCCAAGAAGUUGGAAAACUGGGAAGAACAAGCAUUACAACAAACUUCAAAUGCUAUUUCUGCUGUGGAUGUGAAGCAAGAAAACCCAAAUAAUUAUGUGUAUGGUCAUGCAAAUGAAGAUUUUCAUCAUCAGGCAAGUAAGCCAGCUUGGUCUCAUCAAAUAAUGGCUACUUCUUCAGCUUUAUCCCCCAAGUCAGGUGUAACUAGUUUCAGUAGUAAGAUGUUGGAAUUUUCUGGCAACAAAGCUGAUGCAAGGCAGCCACACCCAGAUCGGUCUUCUGAGUGUAACAGCAGUGCAAGUGGUGGGGCAUGGAAGAAAGCUAGGGUUCAACCGUCUGCAACCCAAUCCACCUUCAAGGUGAGGAAGGAAAAACUAGGGGACAGAAUUACAGCACUUCACCAGCUUGUGUCUCCAUUUGGGAAGACUGACACAGCCUCCGUCUUGUUAGAAGCUAUUGGGUACAUCAGAUUCCUUCAGAGUCAAAUUGAGGCUCUCAGCUUACCGUACUUGGGCAAUGGUUCAGGAAACAUAAGGCAGCAACAGCCUGUUCAAGGGGAGAGAAAUUGUAUAUUUCCUGAAGACCCUGGUCAGCUGUUGAAUGAAAACUCCAUGAAGAGGAAAGGUGGUCCCGAUCGGCAGAAGGAGUGUGAUGAAGAACCAAAGAAGGACCUUAGGAGUAGAGGGUUGUGUUUGGUUCCUGUGUCAUGCACACUUCAAGUCGGCAGUGACAACGGUGCUGAUUACUGGGCUCCUGCGCUGUGAGGGAUUCCGAUAGAAGAACCCUCGGAAAGGCUAGCAGACUUUAAACAAAACUAAAGAAAUGUAGAAUCAGUGAUGAGAGCUUUCCAUGGGAAAGAACGAUAUAACAUCAUGAGCAGUUACUCUGCAAAGUUGAAAGGCUGAUUGCUCACGAUGCUAUAUAAAUGUUCUUUCUUUUCAACAAUUUGUAGAUGGUUUGUGUGUUAAAUUAAGCUCUAACUGGCCUGAUGAUUUUGAAUAAUUUAAGCUUAUAAUUAUCUAUAUUUUUCUUUCGUUACUUGCAUUAUUAGCUGUUUCUACACUUUUCGCUUUGUUUAUGUGUAUCCUGUUGUAUGAAUUAACCAGUUUAUAAUUCAUACAACUAAAUAUACAUUUGUAUAAAUUUCAUAAUUUAAUGUAUGAAACAAGGUCUUACAUA